UCAGUGCAUCUAGCGUGGCUUGGCACCGGCGCUGUGUUGCCUUGAUCAACAUUAAUUGUCCGGGAUGUAUAUUUUACAGUGUGUUCUAAUUUUGUUAUCGCUAGGCGGGCGCCGGGAGCACAACGCGCCGUAACGGACUUUUUAUGCAUUGUUUUAACAGACGCUGCGGUCACUGCACCAAGAGACAAAAACGGUGUUGUGGUCUAUCUCAACGAGGAAACUAUCACCUCUGUCUCGACUGAAACUGCAUCAUCGCCCGAAACGAAGACAAUCCUCACAGUACCAGCGCUCACCGCAACAAACCGUGCAAACAGCAGCCAGGAGCGAACAGCAGGCUACAUUCGCUGGUUAAUGCUAGCUAAGUUGACUACGCCAAGAACUUUGUUGGCAAGCUAUAGUUACCCCUUCAGGAUAUCAGUCGUGUUUUGAACCGGGUCCGAGUUCCCGUUUAGAAGUAGUAACGUUAUUCUCUAUAUGGGGGAUUCCAUACAGGAGAUAAAGUGGGGGCAUAAUGCAUGCGAUAGUUGCAAAAGUUAGCUAACAUCUAGCUAGCAAACCCUGCUAGUAUUUUAACGUGACUCACUGGCUGUAGAUGAAUGUAACGCAUCGCUACAGCGGGUGUUGCCUUAGCCAUCGCCCCUUCACUGAAACGCUGGCGGUGACUCGCUUAUGACCGAAGAAGAGACUUUGCAUCGUCUCCUGUCACGUCGGGGGACAAAAGACGUCGACUUUAUUUGACAAGACUACUUUGAUUUCUGUGACAAUAGUACGAUGGGAUCUCUGAAGGCUCUCCAGGAGUGGUGUCGGAUACAGUGUGAAAAUUACAACGAUGUGGAAAUAAAGGACAUGUCAACGUCCUUUCGGGACGGUUUGGCGUUUUGUGCCAUAAUACAUCGUUACAGACCCGAUCUGAUAGACUUUGGCUCGCUGUCUAAAGAAAAUGUCUACGAGAACAACCGAAUGGCAUUUGAGGUGGCCGAGACACAGCUGGGAAUUCCAGCCCUGUUGGACCCAGAAGACAUGGUGUCCAUGAAAGUGCCUGACCGGCUCAGCAUCAUCACCUACGUCUCCCAGUAUUACAACUUCUUCAACAACAAGUCUCAAGCAAACCCCCCCUGCAUGAGGAGGCUGAGCUCUGUUGGUCAUAAUGAGCCAGCCCAGAAAAGGCCUCCGACCCCUUUGGAAGACAAAGUGGUUGAGUCUGAGCCGAGCCAGCCCGCACAGACAGGUGUGGCAGCGGCGGUCAAACGCAGCACACUCAGCAGCACCUGUGCUGUCUGCCAGAAACAUGUCCACCUGGUGCAGAGAUUUCUGGUGGAUGGCAAGCUCUACCAUCGCAACUGCUUCAGGUGCACAGAGUGUCACAGCACUCUGCUGCCUGGAUCGUACAAAUUGGGGAGCGACUCUGGGGCGUUGGUCUGUACACGUCACCUCGCAAGGCAUCCUUUGGCCAACCAGAACGGCCGACCAGAUCUUAGUAAGAGACCAGUGACAGUUCAGUCUGCCAGGACUGGUCGCAGCCCAACUCCUCACACCUCGCCCUCUGAGAGGGACCAGGGUAAGACUCCGUCCCCAGUGAGCCGAACAAACGAUACUGACAGGUCAACCAAUGACUCUGCCACAGUCACUCCUGUUACAACAAAUAAAGCAGACUCUUUGGAAAAAGCAAAAGAGAUGGACGGUAGUGGAGAGACAGAGGAGAUGCCACGUUCUUCUUCUCCCCCAAACCCUUUUGAUGAGAGUGAUGAAGAAGAGGACGAUGGAGAGAAAGAGGAAGACACUCAAACACCAGCCAAAUAUACAGCCAAUGGGGACCUCCCUUCCACACCUCUCAGUCAUCAUGAAGGUGUCAGUCGGCCAGUGCCGGCACCCCGCCGGGUUUCUGAACCCAGCGCUCCUCCUCGCCCUGCCCCUCGGGUUCGGCUACCCCGUACUACAGAUACAGUCGGUGAACAUCAGAAGCCUCCGGCUCCUCCAAAACCUCGAGAGAGAUCACAGUCUCCUGGAAGCCUGUCCAGUGGCACCCAUAAACCCAAAGAUCCACCUUGGCUCGCCUUGGUCCAGUCAGAACCCAAGAAGAAGAAAGCCCCUCCCCCUCCCCCUGCCAGAUUGGCAACACCUCCCAAUACAGGCUCUCUGUCCUCUCUCAAAGGGGAAGGCUCCCGACCCAGUACACCCCCUCCACCCUCCAACCCUUUUGAGGACGAUGACGAUGAUGAAAAUAACGAGGUAGAGGAGGAAGAGGCGAGCGAAGGAGGUGCGGUUCCACCCACAGUGGUGGCUACUCACCCGUGGUACAGCAUCACUCGGGCUGCUGAUACGACAGGGGCAGACACUCCCCCUAGUGGAGGAAGCUCAUCCCGCUCUGCCAGCCCGGGGAGUGCAAGGAGCAAGAAACGUCCCGCACCCCGGGCUCCACAGCCGCCUGCCGGUAACCAAGUUCUCCCUCACUCUCAGCCCUCCUCUUGCUCUCCCUCUCCAGCUCUCAGCAUAGAGAGUCUGUCCUCUGGCUCAGACCACAGCUCCUCCCAGCCCCCCUUGGAUGCUGGCAGUGCCAGCAGCGACCAGGAACACGCCUUCACCAAAAGUGUCUCAGAGCCUUCCAUCAGUUCACCGUGCGACUCUUCGGCCUCCCCUUCCUCCUCCUCGACCGAGCGUCUGCCUCAUCCUUCCCCCACCCCCUAUCCUUCUCCCAUGCCGCCAUAUGCCAGCUCAGCUCCAGCCACCCCAGAGACCAGUCGUAGUACGAGUACAAAAGGGGCCAGAGCCCCUCCACCACGACCCCUGACAACCCCCAGCCCACUGGCCUCAGGGGCCACCCCAUCACACAACAAGCGGAUAUGUAAGGAGAAUCCGUUCAACAGGAAGGCUUCUCCCUCCCCUGCUAAAUCCAAAACCAGACCACCAAAAGGCCCUCGACCUGCCAGACCCCCAGCCCCUGGUCAUGGCUUCCCACUAAUCAAACGCAAGGUGCAGUCUGAUCAGUUUAUCCCAGUGGAGGACAUCCACGGGGAGAUGAGUCAGUUGGAGAAACAGCUGGAUGAGCUGGAGCAGAGGGGAGUGGAGCUGGAGAAGAAGCUCAGAGACAACCCUAACGAUGAGGAUGAGGAGCGUCUGUUGGUGGACUGGUUCACUCUGAUCCACGAGAAACACCUACUAGUCCGACGAGAGGCUGAGCUGGUCUACACGGCGAAGCAGCAGAACCUGGAAGAGAGGCAAGCUGAUGUGGAGUAUGAGCUGAGGUGUCUGCUCAACAAACCAGAGAAAGACUGGACUGAGGAGGACAAGAGCCGGGAGCAGGAGCUAAUGGCUGAGCUGGUUACCAUCAUUGAACAGCGCAACCAAAUCGUCAACAACAUGGACCAGGACAGGCAGAGGGAUGAAGAGGAGGAUAAACUUAUGGAGGCCAUGCUGAAGAAGAAAGACUUCAAUAAGGAGCCUGACAGCCACCAGCCAAAAAAGAAAGGGGCAAAGUUCAAACCCAUUAAAGUGCUGAAGCGGCUGAGCCAUAAAGGAGAACAUGGCAGUAGCCACAGCCCUCACAAGGAGAAAAGCUGAACAGCCGUGGAUGCUUUCUCCUCCAUGAGGAUAUAAAACCGUUUUAACAAGACUAAGGAAAAUUUAAAAAAAAAUGUGAGAAAAGACAUACAUCAGGUCAAGAAGAUGAGAUGACAAGUGUGUUAUCAAUGACUUUAAGUGCAACCCAGAAUCCCCUCACUCCCUGCCCAUGUCUUACUUUGAUGCUUGUCCAAAAAGUCUCUCCAUUGACUCUUGUCUGUUGCCUUUGUGUGUUGAAACAGACAAUAUAACAAGUGCUUUAAGAGCUGACAUAUUGUGCAAGCUCUCUGACCUUUCAAGCUUGUGAAGCAUAGAUUAGGUUUCUGAAUUACCUAACUGAUGUGUUGUACGUUCUCGCUUCACUUUCCAUUGUAUUGCACAGCGACUCUGCCCUUUAGGCCUUUUGUCAAGGUUCAGCAGUGGUUUGAUUCGUCUAUUCACCUUACAUGAAGUCAGUGGGAUGCAGUUUUAUCCCUGAUAUCCAUGAGUUUGUAAUCUUUUUAUUCUUAUCCUGAGUACACAUCGUGAUUACCUGUCUCCUCUGCUCCUUGUGUUCAAAGGUCAGUAGGUGGAUAUCUGAGAAGGUUUAUGUUAUCCCUGGUUCAAGCCUGUGGUACUAGUGAAAGCAAAAGUUUUUGUUUUUUUUAAAUUAAGAUGAACCUGCUUUAAUUUUUACAACAUCUACCCUUGAAGUUCUCAGCCAACAAUGGAUAUCUAAGUUCCCCUAGCUGCUUUAUGACGAUUGUUGUUUUUAUGUUUUGUUUUUGUGUAUGUGACUGGAAACAAAAGUGGAAUUCAAACUCAGAUUUAGAAAAUGUGAGACCUGGAGGGCAGCAUUACAGAAAUUGUCAAACUGCAGAUGUCUGUUAGUAAGUUUUAUUAAAAGGUGACACAUGCAAUAGUGAAUCUUAGAAAAGGCCAAUACUCAGUAUUUUAACAACUGUACAUAACAGUUUUAACCAGUGGGGAAAAUCUGAAUAUGCAAUCAUUAAUUUAUAUUCGACUAUGCCUUUCUGUAUGUUUCAGUGUCUUGCCUUAAAAGUGGACAGGAAAAAAAAACGUGUUAAUGUUGAGAUUGAUUGUACGAGUGCCAUUUAUUUAAUUGCAUAUGUGGAUUAGCGUCAUUUGUUGGAGCUGAUGUAAAUGCCUGUAUUGUUUACUCAUUCUGUUCCUGUCCUGUCAUUUAGAUUUUCUCUUUGUUCUCCAUUUUAAAUGGAAACCUCUGUUUUGUCUUUUGUCUGCAUUGUCUUCCUGUUCAGCUGAAACCAAGGGUUUCUGUAGUUCUAUACAUUGUCCUAAAACAGCAGCAGGAUUAUAUAAAAUACUGACACUGGAAGGCAGAGGAAUAAAAUAAUUUAAUGCAAGUAGAUGAUGUUUGUUUCUUGUGAAUUUAAUCCUGUCACAGCCUGACAGCACAUUAGUCUUCACUGCUGUAGUGACACACUCAUUAUAUUGCACUUCAUUCAACUCAUUUAUAAUCUGAACCUGUCUGUGUUGAAUGGUUGAGCAGUUGUACUGUUUGUAGCUAACUUCCAAGUGUUGAGUCUGUGGUCAGUCUUCUCUGCUGUUGUCUCCUACGACUCCACGUCUUCAGUUGGCUGUUCUGCGCUGUCCUCUUUCUGUUUUGAUGUCACUGUAUCUGUCUUGAGACAGCGGGCCUUGUCCAGCGCCUCCAGUUCUCUGAUUUUCUGUAUUCAAGUCGUGACACGGCACAGGUCUCAGUGCAGUUGUAUUUCAGAGAGAAUAAAUGACCUUUACCCCUUCA